GCCGUCGCCAUACUCCUCGCUCCUCCUGGCAACCUCCUGGUUUGCGGAGGCCGGCCGCAGGAGGCGGCGUGGAGCGCGUGUGUUUGCGGCGUUUGGGUUUUUUUUUGGUGGUGGUUUAAAAGCCGGAGGCAGCUCGGGAAGCGGCUGCCGCGCCCUGCCCUCUUCCCCCGAGUUUGUGACUGCUGGGUCCGAGAUGGACAAAGUCUGUGCUAUUUUUGGAGGCUCCCGAGGCAUUGGCAGGGCGGUGGCCCAGUUAAUGGCCCUGAAGGGCUACCGCCUGGCGAUCGUCGCCAGGAAUCUGGACGUGGCCAAAGCCGCCGCCAGUGACCUCGGCGGAGAUCAUUUGGCAUUUAGCUGUGAUGUUGCUAAAGAACAUGAUGUUCAAAAUACAUUUGAAGAGAUUCAGAAACAUUUAGGUCAAAUAAAUUUCCUGGUAAAUGCAGCUGGUAUUAACAGGAAUAGUCUUUUAGUAAGAACAAAAACUGAAGAUAUGGUAUCUCAGCUUCAUACUAACCUCUUGGGUUCCAUGCUGACGUGUAGAGCUGCCAUGAAGCCUAUGAUUCAACAACAGGGAGGGUCUAUUGUUAAUAUAGGAAGCAUUAUUGGUUUAAAAGGCAACUUUGGCCAGUCUGUGUACAGUGCCAGUAAAGGAGGAUUAGUGGGAUUUUCACGUUCUCUUGCUAAAGAGGUAGCGAGAAAGAAAAUCAGAGUGAAUGUAGUUGCACCAGGAUUUAUUCGCACAGAUAUGACGAAAGACUUAAAAGAAGAACAUUUAAAGAAAAAUAUUCCUCUUGGGAGGUUUGGAGAAGCUACUGAGGUGGCACAUGCUGUUGUGUUUCUUUUAGAGUCACCAUAUAUCACGGGGCAUGUUCUAGUAGUGGACGGGGGAUUACAGCUCGCCAUGUAAUUUAUAGGUUACUCAGUUAUCAGGGCGUUAGAAUCAAGGGCACACGUUGGCUAUUGCUUAGAUAAUCAUACCUACAUUUGCUAAUCAACCCUACUCAUGCUGCAAAUGUUGAUUUCCAUCUUCAUAUGAAUAUUUCUGAAAAGAACAAUGUGUGACCAAUUGUAUUUUCUAAAGGAAAUAUAUUGUCUAUCUUUGAUUGCCUUACAGGCUGUAGCAAUUUCAGUGCAUAGGUCAUACAAGUCAUAGUACAUGCAAGUCACAUAAACAGGUGUGACUUUAUAUAUUUGACUCAAAAGUGGUAAAAAUUAUAUUGUCUAAAUAUGAAUUAUUUCAUUCAUUGUGCUGAAUUUUCUAGAAGUUAACCUUGUGGGCUGUUGCCAAAAUGAGAGUAUCUAGAGGACAUUGAUGAGUUAGUUGUCAGUAGUUUUGCAAACCUCCUAAAGAUAAAUGUGUUUCUUUUGCAUGUGCUUGGGUGACCAAUUUUUAUAUAGUUUGGAAAAAAUAGUAUCAGAUAAAUAAAGACAUGAAUUCAAAAUUGA